CCCGUGCCUCCCGGGCGUGCGGCGUGGGCGCAGGCAGAUCUGACUCUGGUUUAAGCCCCAUUCACACUCCCUCUGCCACCCCAGCCGCUCAGGGCAGCCAAGUUUUCAUCCCGCACACUCUCCACUUUCCGCGGUCUAAGGCUACACCGCCCUGGGGGAGAGAAGGUGCCCACCUCGGGUCUUACGAGCUUGGACUGCUGGAACCCCGGGAGGUGUUUCGUUUUGUUUUGUUUUGUUUUGCCCCCGCCCCCCGUUUUGAAAGUCCUGUUUGGCGACGGGUGUGUGGCGGGGAAAGAUGAGAAACUCCGUGCUUCGGCUCUGCCUCUGGAGCGUCUAUUGUUGCUUUGCCGCGGGAGGGCCCGCGACCCUCGGUCCAGAGGGACCGUUACAAGAUGAGCUCCACACACCCGAGGAUGUACAGGCUGUUGACAAACCUGCCGUGCGGUUUAACCUCCGCACCUCCGACGACCGGGCGCAUGAAGGAUGUUACCUCUCCUUUGGCCACAACCACACCGUAGAAGACUGUGGCUUCAACAUGACCGCCAAAACCUUUUUCAUCAUUCAUGGGUGGACGAUGAGUGGUGUAUUUGAACAGUGGCUGUACAAGCUCGUGUCAGCCCUGCGGAUGAGAGAGAAAGAAGCCAAUGUCGUGGUGGUUGACUGGCUGCCCCUGGCUCACCAGCUUUACACAGACGCGGUCAACAACAUUCGGGCGGUGGGACAGAGCAUCGCGAGGCUGCUUGACGGGCUGCAGGAGAAGGACGGUUUUUCUCUUGGGAAUGUUCACUUGAUUGGCUACAGCCUUGGAGCUCACGUGGCUGGGUACGCUGGCAACUUUGUGAAGGGCACGGUGGGCAGAAUCACGGGUUUGGAUCCGGCUGGGCCCUUGUUUGAAAAGGCAGACAGCCACAGCCGGCUGUCCCCCGACGAUGCGGACUUUGUGGACGUCCUCCACACCUACACGCGUUCCUUCGGCUUGAGCAUCGGGAUCCAGAGGCCCGUGGGCCACAUCGACAUCUACCCCAAUGGGGGUGACUUCCAGCCAGGCUGUGGACUCAACGACAUUUUGGGGUCAAUUGCAUAUGGAACAUUCGCAGAGGGGAUGAAAUGUGAGCAUGAGCGGGCCAUAUACCUCUUUGUCGACUCCCUGAUGAAUCACGACAAGCCGAGCUUUGCGUACCAGUGCACGGACUCAACCCGCUUCAAAAAGGGGAUGUGUCUCAGCUGCCGAAAGAACCGUUGUAACAGCAUUGGCUACAACACCAAGAAAACGAGGAACAAGAGGAACAGCAAGAUGUACCUAAAGACCCGGGCGGGCAUGCCUUUCAGAGUUUAUCACUAUCAGAUGAAAAUCCACGUCUUCAGCUACGAGAAUACGACAGAAAUAGAGCCCACAUUUUAUGUCACCCUUUAUGGCAUCGGUGCAGACUCCCAGAUGCUGCCAUUGGAAACAGUGGAGAUCGGACUGAAUGCCACCAACAGCUUCCUGGUCUACACAGAGGAGGACUUGGGAGACCUGUUGAAGAUCAGACUCACCUGGAAGAAGGCAUCUCAGUCCUGGUACAGCCUGUGGAAUGGGCUUCGCAGCUUGCUGUCUCAAUCCCCAAAGUCCAAGCAGGAAGUGAAUGUCAGGCGCAUCCGGGUCAAGUCUGGGGAAACCCAGAAGAAGUUUGCUUUUUGUGCAGAAGACCCUGAGAACACCAGCAUAUCCCCCGGCCAAGAGCUCUGGUUUCACAAGUGUCAGGACAGGUGGAGACUAAGAAACGAAACCAGGCAAACUGUGGAGCUUCCCUGAGGGUGCCAGCAAGGCCCCCGCCCCGCCGUCCAAGCACAUGGAGGAAAGUUACUGCUGAGGACCCACCUGACGGAAGGACCCGUCUUGGUCUUGACCCUGGAGCACAGGAAAGAGCCUGCUUGGGGGGGCCCAGGACCUGGAUUGUUACCACUGAGUCUUCUUGCCAGAGGGGACCGUGUGCUGCUGCUCCUGCUGCAUCUGCUGCUCCUGCUGCUCCUGCUGCUCCUGCUGCUGCUCUAGAAUUAGCCCAACGGCCAGAUCUGCGGCAAACGGCCAGCUGCCUGGCCUCUUGUCCACACCAGGCUGGCUCUUGUCAUUGGGUGAGCCUGUGCUUUGCCUGACAAGGAACAGUGGCUCUGCGUGGAAGGCUGCCAGCUGCCUGGCCCCACCUGAGCCACUGGGAGGCCUUCCUGCUGGGAGCUGACUCAUGUCAGGAUGGCAGACCUGUGUCCUUGCUCACCCAGACACGGUCGAUCUGGGGCAAGGCUGAAGCCCUCGCUGUUGGGGUUCAAUGAACUGCACUGAUCAAUAUUGGUUACUUUCUUUUUUUUACCUUCUGUCCUGCUCCUUAACUCACUCUCAAAAGCACGCAUCAUUGACUUUCUUAUUUUUCCAUUGUUCAUUUUUUUGAUUGGGCAAUUUUUGUAAGCAUUUAACCUUAAUGAGGUUGGGAUUUCUAGGCUCCCUUCAAGUUUAGAUGACCCAUGAAUAUACAUGUCAUGAAGGCACAAGGGACAUUGAAAAGAGCCAGAGGGUGCAAGAGUUGGGGACCCUGAGGCUUUCAGCAGUUUCUGCCCAUUUCUUGUCAGUUAACACAUGUAUCCCCCUGAGAGUGGCAUGGCUGAUCACCCGCAGAGUAGCGAGCAGGUACCCUAUGUGCUGGGGACCAGAUGGUGGCCAAUUGCCAGAUACGGUUGCUUGGGAGCAUAAUCUCCUCUGUCCAGAAAGGUGGAAGGUGUUACAUAUGUGACACAUGUCUGUUUAACCAGAACCGUCACCUGUCAAACAGUAGGUGCUCAGAUUGGACUCGGUGUUGCUUCUUCCUUGGAACACCUUCCUCUAACACCAGCCCCUUUUCUGUGUUGACCUUCUUCAAAACCCCCAGCUCUUCAUUUGAGUUAAUAUACAUGAUACCCAAGAAACCCUUUUUCACUUUGCAAAAGAUUUUCACGUGGGUCACCUCGUUAGAGAACAACAACAAGAGGUGAACAGGGAAGCUAUUACCCCCAUUUCACAAAACCGACACUCCACGAGGGUCAGCCACAUGCCUAGAAUUAUGUACCUAGUUGGUGCUGGGGCCAGGAGAGGACUCAGAAUUCCUGGAGGCAAAGUCCCUGGUGUGUUCAUCUCUGCAACUUCUUCAAGACUUCCAUAGCUCCUUCUCACCCGUUAGCCUUACAUGUGACAAGUAAAGAAUUAUUUCCAAAGGCAUUCCGAAAGCCCUAAGGAAAGUAUCUGUGCCAAGGGUUGGGCUUUUACAGAUGAGAUUUAUUUGGAAGGAGAUAUGAUAUCAGGCGGGGUGAAGACUGAUUUUUGUACUUAGGGUUUUAAAGGACACUGUUUACUCUGUGCCAGCCUUGCAUCCUUGUUCAAUGCCAAGCUUCAGAAGACAUAACCAGUCAAGUCAUAAGUCAAGGUGUUUUUUCUCUCCAAUUGUGUGUUUGUCUGUUCUUUCUGUGAUUGCUUGCUAGCCAAAGUGGAGCUUAUAUUACUGACAGAGACUCCUGGUUGCUUCUCACCUGUUUUUGGUAAUGGAAGCCUUGGGAAUCCAGUCCUCAGUGGGUCCUGUAUUUAUACAUUUGGCUUGAAGAUUUAUUUGUAUAUGAUGAUGCUUUUUAAAAAAUGCUAUGCAGAACAUUAUUUAUUUCUUGUGUAUGUACUUUAUAAAAACAAAUAUAUGGUUAGUUUUUUACUUUUAAGAUUAACCAAUGUCAAGAUUAAAGCAUUUUAAUAGUAAAAUAGCCCUGGCGUGUGUGGCUCAGUGGAUUGAAUGCUGUCCUGCGGACCAAAAGGUCGCUGCUGGUUCAGUUCCGGGUCAGGGCACGUGCCUG